UAGAAGUAACGAGUGCUUGUUGCAGUAAAUUUAAAAUGGAACUCAGAUCAGCACAAAAAAUUAUUGAACUGUUACAAGAAGAGAUAAACACGACCAAUAGUACCGUAAUUAAAGACUCAUGUUACUUCCACAGUUCGAACCCUAAAAAAACGGGAACUGGGUUGUUUUGUUCAUGAAUCUCGGCUGGAACAUCUGGCUAAUCUGACUUAGGUUUUUUCAUGGUUUUUCACAGUACCACCAGGCAAAUGUUGAUUGGACUUACUAUUCCUAAUCAGUUUUCAGCUCCAGAAGAGAUACUGUCCAACAUCAAGAUUGAGCUCGAUGACAGCGAACUGGAGCUACAGAUAUCCCUCAAGAAAGCAUGGAGACUGAAGCUGCAGGAGGCUGUUACCGAAUCAAAGAACAGUGUAGAAAAGGUGGCAGAGUCAGUACUGGAGAGAAACGCAGAACGAAACACAGAAGGUGGUUCCAUUGUGCUGAAUGCUACAGCAGAAUUCUGCCAUACAUUGGGUGACAUCCCCACUUAUGGUCUGGCUGGCAACAGGGAUGAGAAUGCUCAGGAACUGCUUGACUUUGAGAGGGAAAUGAUUGAAAGGAAGAAAUGUCAGGAAGAAGAAAGCAAACGUCGAGCUUGGAAUGAAAUUGAGAUUGAGAUGAUGAAAAGUUUGGGCAUCACAAGCGCUACAGUGGUCCAACUUUAGACUCUGAAGAGGAUGAGGAAGAGGAGGAGGAGGAGGAG